CUUUAAAGAAAAGCAUACGAGAAGGACAAAGUCAAUGUCUUUUAUUUCGGACAAUCCUUUUGCAGAUGAAAAUAGUACUAGUGAACAACCUUAUACAGUCCUAAUGAGCUCUCCUAAUUUGGAAAGGAGUCCAACAACCAGUCUGUCUUGUCUUUUCCUGUUGAAAUUCUCUAAAGUAUUCUUGUCGUGUGGAGCACCUUCACAUCGACUUGAUUAUUGUGUACAAGUACUUGUUCAAAAACUAGAUGUAAAGGCUCAAUUCAGUUAUUUUCCAGGAUUUCUUGUAGUUUCUUUUGGCGAUCCAGAAAGAUUGGAUGCCUCAGUUCAAAUGAUCAAGAUACAAUUCAGUCUGAAUUUGAAUAGUCUAACACAGACUUAUCAAUUAUUUGAGUCUGUCAUUUGCAAUGAAGUAUCCAUAGAAGAAGCAAUGGAUAGACUCGAUUCAAUUGUUCAAACACCCUCCAUUUACCCUACAUGGCUACGAUUAUUGGCUUAUGCAACUGCAUCAAGUAUUAGUAUGCCUUUAUUUUUCUCUGGCGGGCCCAUGGAUAUGGCAUUUGGCUUUGUAUUAGGUCUGAUUGUGGCUAGUGGCUCUAUCUUUUUGUCCAAGAAAAUAACACGUUUUGUUAGUAUUUUUGAUGUCUUGUCAAGUACUGUCGUUGGAUUUAUUGCUUCGGUCAUCAGUGCACACCUUGGUUCUAGUUGCUUUUAUGCCUUAUCGAUUGGGGGUGUCAUUAGUCUUUUGCCUGGCUAUGCUACUCUUGUUUCUAUACUCGAAAUAACAGCAGGUGAAGCGGCCUCAGGCAUACUUCGGUUGGCUACUACAUUGGUCUACUCACUCAUGAUUGGAUUUGGACUGGCUAUUGGCUCAAGUUGUCACAAAAUCAUAUUCCCUACAUUAGUCUUGAUCACAGCACAGCAAUGCGAGGACGACAUGUCUUCUUUUUAUCACAUCCUGUUUGUCCCAUUAUAUACGCUUGCAAGUCUUGUUGUCCUUAAAGGCCAUCCUUCUAAAUUCCCCAUCACAUUAAGCUUGGCAGCCUUGUCUCAUACGGUUCAUUAUUUCUCGCUUGUUUGGUUCAGUGCAUAUCCUCAUGUGGCAGCUGUAUUGGCAGCUUUUUCUGUGGCUUUUGUGUCGAACUUGUAUGCAAGGUUUCGACCUACGAUUGGUUUUGUCGAUAUGAUUAUUGGCUUGUUCUUUCUUGUGCCUGGAUCAGUCGGUGUGGCCUCAUCACUUGACAGUCUCACAUCGUCUGUCCAUGCUACUGAGGUAAGCAUUAUUCUUAAUGCAGGCCAACAAGGUAUUAUUUUUGCCACCCAUAUGAUGAUUAUCACCGUAGCUAUUUCCCUCGGACUUGUGCUGGCUGCUUUGGUUGUGUAUCCCAUUCGUAAACUCGUUGACUAUCAAAGAAAGACAUCUCGUUAUAGAAGACGUAACUGGGUUGGACAAGUGACUUUUUGAAUAGAUGUAUACUUUUUUUUUUUUGGUUUAUUAGAAAAAUAAAAAGACUUAAGCUUGUUGAUCCUUUUGGAAGACGUAAGUCAAGUGACACUUGCCACAGUAUUGACGGUCCUUGUGCUUGGCCAUGAAGACACCA